CAAAACUUUAUCCCAGUCAGAAGGCUUCGUUUUCCGCAGCACGAUGUCCAGCUACUGCGAGAAGUGCGAUCGCUGGUUCGUCAACGACGACGCAAGGCGGCAACACAUGCGCGACUCAAGCCGCCAUAACUAUUGCGACUGGUGCGAUCUCGACUUCUCAACGUGGCGCGGGCUCAAGGAGCACUGGGUUCAGAGCCCCGAGCACAGCUACUGCCAGUACUGUGACGAGCAUUUUGAGGACGACGACGAGCUCUACGACCAUUUCAGGGAAGACCACGCCUAUUGCGAGGAAUGCGAUAGGGUCUUCAAGAAUCGUCGAGGUCUACACGAGCAUUACCGUCAGUCGGAGCGUCACAAAGAUCGCUACUGCGUCCCUUGUGAGCGCCUGUUCUCAACUGAGCAUGGGUAUUGGCAGCACCGGCGCACCUCUUACCGCCACCGGUAUGAUUGAGGUUGCCCGGAGCGCUAUAGUACUCCAUGGCUCUAGCUGCUCUCGUGCUUCCUUCACCGGGUAAAGCCUGGAGAUAGGAGUCAGUUGAUCUCUCGACUGGAAUGUUCUAGCCGGAACUUCUCCCAUUGUUCUCAAAUAGGGGCUCCCGACUCGGGCUUUCGCGUUAAUAUUGAUUCAGACUCCGCGAAUAUAUAAUGGCGAAGCCGUCGAGUCACCGCCUUUGUUGCUUUCAUCCUGUCCACAUUGUAAUCGCCUCCCAGAAACGCUAUACAUCUCUCUCUAAACUAUGCCGUACUGUCGCAAAUGCGAGCGGUCUUUUUCCAACCGUUUUGGAUACAUACAGCACCUUCUCAACUCGAGCAACCACAACUACUGCCAUGCGCAUGGUCUCGAUUUCUCGUCCCCGUUAGGGCUCAAAGAGCAUUAUGUUCAGAGCCCAGAGCACGCCUAUUGCCAAU